ACUUAGCUAUGGGCAACGAGUUCGAAUGACUGUCUAUUUUUAUUUUGAGCGACUCACGAGAAUCAUUUAGCCUGCCAUAUCAGGAUAGUGACGCUACGCUAAAUAACCUUUGCAAUGUCUGAUGAAGCCAAGAACAACAUUACAAUCUUCACAAGAAUCCUCGACAGUCUUCUGGAUGGAUAUGACAACCGUCUGAGACCAGGCUUGGGAGAGCGGAUAACACAAGUCAAGACUGAUAUCUACGUGACAAGUUUUGGACCUGUUUCAGAUACAGAUAUGGAAUAUACAAUAGACGUGUUUUUUCGUCAGAGCUGGGAAGAUGAAAGGUUGAAAUUCAAGGGACCCAUGACAAUACUUCGUUUAAAUAAUCUAAUGGCCAGCAGAAUCUGGACACCAGAUACGUUCUUCCACAAUGGAAAAAAAUCAGUGGCGCAUAACAUGACUAUGCCCAAUAAAUUGCUGAGGAUUACUGAAGACGGAACACUCUUGUACACAAUGAGAUUGACCGUUCGUGCUGAGUGUCCUAUGCAUUUAGAAGAUUUCCCAAUGGAUGCUCAUGCAUGUCCUCUAAAAUUUGGCAGUUAUGCAUACACAACAUCCGAGGUCAUGUACACGUGGACACAUGGAGCAUCCCAAUCAGUUGUUGUAGCUGAAGAUGGCUCUCGUUUGAAUCAAUAUGACUUAAUGGGACAAAGCGUGGGAACAGUCAUUAUUAAAUCCAGUACAGGUGAAUAUGUGGUUAUGACUGCUCACUUCCACUUGAAGAGAAAAAUUGGCUACUUUGUAAUUCAAACUUACUUACCAUGUAUCAUGACAGUUAUUCUCUCACAAGUGUCAUUCUGGUUAAACAGGGAAUCUGUCCCUGCAAGAACUGUCUUUGGGGUCACAACUGUAUUGACUAUGACAACACUGAGCAUCAGUGCCAGGAACUCACUCCCCAAAGUUGCAUACGCAACUGCUAUGGAUUGGUUCAUCGCCGUUUGUUAUGCUUUCGUGUUUUCAGCACUUAUUGAAUUUGCCACAGUGAACUACUUCACAAAGAGGAGUUGGGCUUGGGAUGGAAAAAGCUUAGUUCCUGAAAAGAGAAAGGAAAAGGACCGAGAGGCUCUAUUGAAGAAAAACAACACCUACACAGCAACAUCAGCGAACUUUGCACCAAACAUUGCAAAGGAUGCAGGCUUGGCAACUAUUGCAAAGAGUGCUGGUGCCGAAUCAAAAGAACCCAAACCAGAACAAAAGCCUCCAGAACCGAAGAAAACUUUCAACAGUGUCAGUAAAAUUGACAGACUGGCCAGAAUAGCAUUUCCAUUAAUGUUUGGGAUUUUCAACUUGGUUUAUUGGGCUACUUAUUUGAAUAGAGAGUUAGUUAUCAAAGGUGAUGACGAGCAUGACUAGGAAGCAUAGAAAAAAAGCUUAGAUUUCAAAAUA